ACGUUUUUUAGGGUGUAGUUCAGUAAAUCAACCAGCAGAUGGCACUGCUCUCUUCCUCAGCAGCAGCUAUGGGCCUCCCCUCCUGUUGGACCUGUUCAUGGACAGACAGAGGUGGACAGAGCAGGUGUGACUGGCUGAAGGAGAAUCGGAACUUGUUCUCUCGAUUCCAGAAGAGGAGGAGAGAACGGACUCGGACCAGGCUGCUGCUUCACACUCCUGCAGCACUCUGAGCAUCGUGGUUGGAGGUGGAGUUUCCUUUGCUUUGUAAGUUUACUUCCCAACACAUUUAGGGUCUCGCGCGCCUCCACCUCCAUCACUAAUCGGCUCUUCUCCGUUUCAGCGCGUCGGUGCUCGGAUUACCAUGAGAAGGGUCCUGGAGACUUGGAUCAGUCUGCUGACACUUUGCGCCCUGAGCCCCGGCGCUCUCGGAGGCUACGGGCUGAGCAUGUUCGCGGCGCAGUCCUCCCCUCCGGACCCGUGCUACGAUGAGAACGGGAACCCCCGGAGAUGCAUCCCGGAUUUCGUCAACUCCGCGUUCGGGAAGGACGUACGCGUGUCCCGCACCUGCGGGAGCCCGGCCGCCCGGUACUGCGUGGUGACGGAGAAGGGAGAGGAGCGCACCCGGGACUGCCACUCGUGCGACGCAGGGGACCCCAAGAAGUCGCAUCCACCUGCGUACCUGACGGACCUGAACAACCCGCACAACCUCACCUGCUGGCAGUCUGAGAACUACGUCCAGGCCCCGCAGAACGUCACUCUCACGCUGUCACUGGGGAAGAAGUUCGAGGUGACUUACGUGAGCCUGCAGUUCUGCUCACCCAGACCCGAAUCCAUGGCGAUCUACAAGUCCAUGGACUACGGCAAGUCGUGGGUUCCGUUCCAGUUUUAUUCCACUCAGUGCAAGAAGAUGUACAACCGGCAGAACAAGGCCGCGAUCACCAAGCAGAACGAGCAGGAGGCGAUCUGCACGGACUCCCACACCGACAUGCACCCGCUCACCGGCGGCCUCAUCGCCUUCAGCACGCUGGACGGACGCCCGUCCGCGCACGACUUCGACAACUCCCCGGUGCUGCAGGACUGGGUCACGGCCACCGACAUCAAGGUGAUCUUCAGCCGACUGCACACCUUCGGGGACGAGAACGAGGACGACUCGGAGCUCGCCCGAGACUCCUACUUUUACGCCGUGUCCGACCUGCAGGUCGGAGGGCGCUGCAAGUGCAACGGACACGCGUCCAAGUGCGUGAAGGACCGAGAGGGGAACCUGGUGUGCGAGUGCAAACACAGCACGGCGGGACCGGAGUGCGACAGGUGCAAACCGUUCCACUACGACCGCCCGUGGCAGCGCGCCACGGCCCGGGAGGCCAACGAGUGUGUGGCCUGUCACUGCAACCUGCACGCCCGUCGCUGUCGUUUCAACAUGGAGCUGUACAAGCUGUCGGGCCGAAGGAGCGGCGGAGUCUGCCUGAACUGUCGACACAACACAGCAGGACGCCACUGCCACUACUGCAAGGAGGGCUACUACAGGGACAUGACCAAGUCCAUUUCUCACCGCAGAGCGUGCAAAGCCUGUGACUGCCACCCAGUCGGAGCAGCAGGGAAGACGUGCAACCAGACAACAGGCCAGUGCCCCUGUAAGGACGGUGUGACCGGGAUCACCUGCAACCGCUGUGCCAAGGGAUACCAGCAGAGCCGCUCCCCCAUAGCUCCCUGCAUCAAAAUCCCAGUUGUGUCCCCAACAUCUACUUACAGCAGCUACGAGGAGCCGUCAGACUGUGAAUCUCACUGUAAAGCCUCUAAGGAGAAAAUGAAGAUCACCAUGAAGAAGUACUGCAAGAAAGACUACGCUGUCCAAGUCCACGUUCUCAAAGGAGACAAGGCUGGCGAGUGGUGGAAGUUCACGGUCAACAUCAUUUCUGUCUACAAGCAAGGGGAGCAUCGCAUCCGCCGCGGCGAUCAGCUGCUGUGGGUUCGCGCCAAGGACGUGGCCUGCAAAUGCCCCAAGAUCAAGCCCGGGAGGAAGUACCUGCUCCUGGGAGUGGACGACGACUCCCCCGGACAAAGCGGUGUCGUCGCCGACAAGGGAAGCCUGCUCAUCCCUUGGAAGGACCUGUGGGGUCGUCGGCUGAGGAAGUUUCAACAGCGUGGCAAGAGGGGGAAGUGCUAAAAGUGGCUGGCAGACAGGCGGCAGUGGAGUGAUGCUUCCACCGGGAUUCAGACAAGAAGAACGGUGCGAAAGCAAAGUGAACAAAUUCAAAUGAAAAGAACACACGUGAAGAGUAGAAGUGACCUUGUGCUGCUGCUCUGAGCUGGAGGGAGGAAGAGAGGUAGUGUUGUUGUUGUGAAGGAGCUCAUUCUGCAGCUGUUCCGUUUCCGUGUUUUCACCGUGAGCUUUGUCGUGAGAUUGCAGAGUUUGCACCUAAUUUUACAGCCGUGGCUCAUCUUUUACCCAUGAUGCUGUUCAUUAAGGUCCCACCCUCGUCAACCUCUCCUGCUUACUGUACUCACAUAUCAUUAGUUCUCCUUUAAAACUAAAUACUACAAACGCCACCUUCGCCGGACACGUCCGGCUCGUUUGUGAGCGUCGCCUCUGUGUUUCUGGGAGCUAAACGCCAACGAGAUCCCCUCGUCUUACAGUAAAAUGAAAAGUUGCUGCUCAGCUGCUUCUAAUGUUGUGAUUGUGCUCUCUGCAAUGUAAAGUAACCGUCUGUGCAUAAGUAAACCUUUUUUAUUGUGUUCUUUUACAUAGAUGUUGAUGCAUCGGAUAGAUUAGAGUAGAUUUUCAACCAGGCACUUAUUUUUUUAACUAGUCCGAAGUUUUAGAACAUAUAAGAUAUGUUCGUGUUUUUAGGGCUGCGUACAAACAAAAACACACCUGCCUGCCUCGCAGCUGAUCUGCAGUCCUGCUCCAGCGGCUCAGAAGUCAGACGUUUAUGCUUUUGCUCAAAUAAAACAACUAAAUGUUAGAUGGAUAUCACAGAUCUUUAAAAGGAUUUUGCCAUUCCUAGGUGUGUUUUUGUGUCAAAAUAAUUGCCAUCCAACAUGUUAGAUAGCUUCCUGGGUGGCCUUUGUAUGGAGAAGCGGAGUUUGCAUUUUUUGGGGGGCUGAUAAGCUAACGGCUAGUCUUACUUCAGGCAACACCAAAGCGCAUCACUGCUGUCUUCAAAUAGCUCGAAUUCCUAAAACAGGAAAAUCAGUUAUGUAAAUACAUUUAUGCAUCUUUACAGCAUCACAUUUAUUCUCCGGUUAUUUACCAAACGCUCUCUGACUUCCGCUAUAGGUGCUGCCAUUGUUUUGGGGGAAAAUUUGCUCAACUGCAAAUCACCUGGGAUUUUUUAACGAGUCAAACGACUUAUUACUGCUAAAUAUUUAAUGUCUUAGAACAUGUCAUGGCAAGGUAAAACGUACAUGUAAGAUAUCACCGAAGUGUCUCAUUUCAUUCUAUGACGGGGGCGGGACUAAAAACCUGCACUGAAAACUAUGGGGUGCCAUUUGAGAGGUCAGUCAUAAUUUAACUGCAGUAUUUUGGGUUGUUUCCUCUAUCAUAAGAAAAAAAAAUGGUAGGUAAUUUUUCUAUAAUAUUUUCACCUUAUUAUUCAUACAUUCAUAAAUGUUAAAGUUCCCAACUAAAUAUUUAGUUAGCAAGCACAAUAUUGAAUUUAGAGUUAAAUAUGUAUUUUACAAACUAAAUAUUUGUGUCAGCCCUAAAUAUUUAGUUUCUAAUAUAAAUAUUUAAUUUACAAACUAAAUAUUUAAUUUAAUGUUUAGUUAACAAACUAAAUAUUUAGCUCCAAAUUAAAUAUUUAGCUUCCAAAAUAAAAAUUUACAUCCCAGCUAUAUAUUUCUUUUAGAGCUAAACAUUUAAUUUGCAAAAUCAAUAUUUAGGUUUAACCUGAAGAUAAAUAUUUAGCUGGGAUCCAAAUAUUUAUUUUGAAAAAUAAAUAUUUAAUCUGGAGCUAAAACUUUAGCUUGUAAACUAAAUGUUUAUCUCAAAAUUAAACAUUUAGUUUGUAAAUUAAAUAUUUAUUUUACAAUCUAAUAUUUAGCAUGUAAAAUGCAUAUUUAACUCUAAAAUAAAUAUUUAGCUUGUCAACUAAAUGUUAGUUGGGUUCUUUAACAUAAAAAAUGUAUAAAAAACAUGGUGAAAAUAUGACUUAAAAAAAGUACCUCCCAUUUUUUCCCCAUUACAAGCGAAAUAACCUAAACACUGCUGUUAAAUUAUGACAGUUUGACUUUGCAAAUGGCACCCCAUAGAAAACAGCCACUGUUGAGAUCAAUCAGCAUUUGUACAAAAUGCUGUGACACUAAGGAGGAUCUGUAGAUUGUAGGAGUUUUAAGGUCGGAUCUGUUUUAAGGAGACAGUCAUGGGUCCAUUCUGACUAGCCGUUAGCUCAUCAGUCCUGUGGGAUAUGAGCUCAUACUUUUCAAAUGAGAGAUGUAUCACUCUGUGGGUCGGAGAAUAAUCUUUUACAACUUUUACCCACUUAUAAAGCCUGUAGGCCUCUCUGAUUGUGCUACAUUUACUGUAGCUGACAGGCUAAUUGUGGUUAUUUUUUAAUUAUGCACAUUUCAUUGUAUACAGUGUUUCCGUGUUGUGGGGACAACCUGUGGAGUGAUGAAAUAUCACAGAGAUCACACACCAGAAAAGGGUGUGAAAUAUUAAUUCCUCUAAGGACCAAUUAACGAAGGGUUCCUGUUUUAUCCACUUGGUACUUAACAGAAAGACAUGACUGAUUGUCUGUAUGUUAAAUAGCUGUAUAGUAUUAUUACUCCUUUUGUUUUGAUGAAACAUUAACCAGAUAUCCUGUAUCUAGGUGAACUUAACCACUGUUUGAAAUGCUAGGAGCUCCUUGAGCAGAGGUGUUUAUCUCCUGGAGGAUCCAGCCUGAGAGUUUAGACACGAAGCCACAUGCAAGCAGAAAUACGUGGGUAUGGUUCAGCACCCUCUGAAUCCUACUUGGGAACUGAUCCUAAAGUCUCCGUUUGUUCUCCUGCAGAACGGUACUCCCACUAGACCUCACACACUAACCAGAGCAGCUUCCUGCUCGUGGAUCUACAUCAGUCUGUAAAUGUUGUUUAGCAGUGUCCAUUGCAAAUGUUUGUGUAAUGUUCUGUAAUACUAAUAUAUUAUGUUUAUCAUAAAUGAAUAUAUUUAAUGACACAUGAAAUAAUGUGGCUUUUUUCUGUUGUUUGCUGUCGACUUUUGAUUUUUUACUUUUGCAACUGGAUUUUAGAUGGCUGUAAUAAAAGUAUAUUGACAGUU